AUGGCACACCAGACUAUUCAUCAUAGCCGAUUCUUUGCGAAUCCACAAGAGCCUCUCACGAACGUCCAACCCCACCAAGAGCUGCUGGCCAGCUUGGAGCGUAUCAACACUACCAACGCUCCUGUACACACCUGCUCGACGGGAUGGAAUUUUCACGGCCUCUACACCGGACCGACAUCAAUCGCAUACCUCUUUUAUCGUUUGUCUCAAAUCUACCCAGACCUGGAGUUCAAGCAACAAUCCUUCUCAGACUGGACUCAGGAAUACCUCGACUUAGGAAGCCGUGUAAACCACAGUGACCCCGAUCCCGACCACUGUGGGGUUGCCAGUGAGACACUAGCUCACCUGGCGCUGUCAGCUGUAGUUCGGAAAGAUGCGAGUCUUGUCAAGAAGCUAUGCUCUUACGAACCAAUCAUAAAUACGAGCAAUGAGGAUGGCUCUAAUGAGUGGCUCUAUGGCAGGGCUGGAUAUCUUUACUUCCUCAGACUAUGCCGAGCGGCCUUUGGGCAAGAGAAGCAGGACGAGACCUCUAAACUACUCGAGAGGACAGUCGAAAGGACUGUUGCCAGGAUACUGGGGGCCCGCCAACCCUGGACCUGGCACGGAAAGCAGUAUCUGGGCGCCGUUCACGGCAUGGUUGGGAUCAUCUGUCAAGUGGUGCUCUCUAUGCCUUCGACUGCCAAAAAUGUUCAAAGUCUACUUUCCGGCUUGUUGGACAAGCAGUUUAAGAGCGGCAACUUCCCGUCUUCGCUGCCAGUAGGGAACGAUAAACUUGUGCAAUUCUGCCACGGCGGUCCAGGAUUUGUCCUGUCUCUGCAAUCUCUGCUCCCUCACUUUCCGGUCCUGGAAGAUAAGAUCGAGACCGCCAUUGCCAGAGCUCAGGUCGACAUCAUGGAGCGCGGCGUUUUGCGCAAGGAGCCAUGUCUCUGCCACGGCAUUGCCAGCAAUGCGCUAGCACUCCCAGCCGGGAAUGCUCAGCAGUUCGAGGUUUUUCUCUCGUGUAUGUCCACUAGCUCAAUAGAGAAGCUCGGCUGGACUAAGCACGAGAAGGGCAGAAGCGACGAGAUUGCUAGCUUAUACACUGGAGAAGCAGGACGGGCUUGGGUCUGGGCUGUUGCCGAUAAAGGGCUGCCAAGGAGUUGCAUUGGCUAUAAUGAUUUUUGA